CUCGCAGGAACAGCAGUUCUUGCAAUUGGAUUAUGGCUUCGGUUUGAUGUGCAGACCAAAAGCAUCUUUGAACUGGAAUCCAACAACACGACAUUCUAUACAGGAGUUUACAUCCUAAUUGGAGCUGGUGCACUCAUGAUGCUGGUUGGCUUCUUGGGAUGCUGUGGUGCAUUGCAGGAAUCACAGUGUAUGCUUGGGCUGUUCUUCGUCUUCCUCUUUGUGAUUUUUGCCCUUGAAAUUGCUACUGCCAGCUGGGGAUUUGCAAAUAAAGAAAAGGUUGUUGAAGAGCUAAAGGAUUUCUACAGAGAAACCUAUGAAAAGAGAUCUCAACCAGCUGCCAGAGAAACUUUGAAAGUAUUCCAUUUUGCUCUGAACUGCUGUGGUAUUAUUGAAGGUCUUGAGCAGCAGUUGAUGGACACCUGUCCAAAGAAGACCUCGCCUGAGUCAUUUACUACAAUGCCAUGCCAUAAUGCCAUUGAUGAUGUCUUUAAAUCAAAACUGAAUGUCAUUGGAGCAGUUGGCCUUGGUAUUGCUGCGAUAAUGAUUUUUGGCAUGAUAUUCAGUAUGGUUCUUUGCUGUGCUAUCCGCAGAAACAGAGAAAUGGUCUAAGAGCUGUAAAUCCAAGGUGUCUGCAGUAUAAAAUCUGUCAUUAACUCUAGUGUUCUCAAAGCAUUUCUAAAAGAAAAUUGUAUGUUACCUUUUUAAUGCUUUAUUUGGUACUGAUGUAGGUUUGCUUUUUAUGUUAUAGGUUAAAAUGAUAAAGUUAUAUUUGACUCGA